UAAAUCAAGCACCAGUUUAACAAUGAUGCACGCGAAUUUGACGAGAUUUUAUUAUAAUGAAAAUAUGGAAACUGUUUCAUUCUGUUCGUGUCAAAUAUAGCACCAAACAAAUCUAGUACAAGCUAAAAAAAAUCAAACAAUAGUACUUAUUGGGGUUCAUUGGGGUUGCAUAUCGAUGAAAUAAUUAAUUGAUGGACCAUGGCCGAAAAUGGGCCUCAAUCAUGCAGCACCGUACCACAAAAUUCUGGAUCAGGCCAAGGCAGAAUUAGCGAAUGGGUGAAGUUAAACGUUGGCGGUACAACUUUUAUGUCAACGAGAACGACAUUGUGUAGAGACCCUAAGUCAUUCCUGUAUAGACUUGUACAGGAGGAACCAGAUUUAAAUACGGACAAGGAUGAAAAUGGAGCCUUUUUGAUAGACAGAGAUCCCACUUACUUUGGACCUGUUUUAAAUUAUUUACGACAUGGAAAGUUGGUGAUAAACAAAGACUUAGCAGAAGAGGGUGUGCUGGAAGAAGCAGAAUUCUACAAUAUAACAGAGCUGAUAAAACUAGUCAAGGAAAAGUUAAAAGAGAGAGAUGCAAAGCAAAACCAGAAUUUUACGAAAAGUGUAUAUAGAGUACUUCAAUGUUCGGAAGAAGAAUUAACACAGAUUGUGUCUGCCAUGUCAGAUGGGUGGAAAUUUGAACAGCUGGUUAAUAUAGGAUCACAAUAUAACUAUGGCAGUGAAGAUCAUGCAGAAUUUUUAUGUGUUGUGUCAAAAGAAUGUCCUAAUAACAUAAAUGGAACAGAGUCUGAGUCUACAGAUAAGGUUAAGGUCUUGCAGCAGAAAGGAUCAAGAAUGUGAAGAAUGCCAUUGUUUAUAAUAUAAUGACCACACCUUUUUGUGACUAGAAUUUUUUAGGCUAAAGACUGAUAUUUUGAUAUUGAUUUUAUUGUUAACUAUUAAUUGUCAUUUUAGUGUAUGUACUGUAAAAAAAAAGAAGCUUUUCUUUUAAUUAAAUACGUCAUUCUUGUAAAUGUUAGACAUUUUAGAAAUGAUUUAGUUUAUUUAUGUCUGUCAAUGUUUUGUAAGCAAGCCCUUUUUUUCUAAUAAAUGUUGGUGCUUUAAUCAUGUUCAUUAUAAAACUAAGAGAUUUUCAUUAUUUCAAUUAUACUAAUUUUCUAUAGGUUAACAAUGAUUCUUAAAUCCUUUUUGAACUUUUCCAUUCACUGACUUUUAGAAAUUAAAACCCAGUAAUAUAUGUUUUUCUCCAAAUAACCAAAUAACAUUAAAAAACCCAUUUUGCUUAAAAGUUUGAAACUGGACAGGUGUUUUGAUUAAUAAUGGUACCCAGCUCCCCCAUGGGUUAUCCUGGUUGACUAAUGUCUGUCUGUAUGUCUGUCAAUCCAUGCAAUUAGAGUUUGAUCACUUUUCUAUCAGGAACUACAAAUCAGCUUCCUGAAAUUUGGUUAUCAAGCUUCACUCAAGCAUGCGUUACAGUGUGAUGCAUAUUCAGAUUCCUUCAUCAUUCAUUUCAUGUUUAGGCCAACUAAAAUUAAUUAGUAGAUUUUCAUCCAAUUUUUUAAAAAAACUGGGGCGGGUGGAAGGAUUUUAAUUUUUAAAUUUUAUUUCAUACAUAACACUCGUUUCAAGUUCUUCAUACCACAGGCCAUAUAGGCAAGUGUAAAAUAAGGUUAUGUCAUGUACAUAAUUGUUCAAACACUUGAAUGAAUAUCUCUGAUUGGCAACCACUGUUAUACAUGUAUUUACGAAAUUAUAAAUGGUUACCAGUAAUAGACAUGAACAAAAAUUUAAAUAAAAAAAAUCAGGGCGGGACAAUUUCAGAGGGGCAGGAGGGGAUGAAAAUCUAUCAAUUAAUUUUAAUUGGCCUUAUUUAAAAACUUAUAUUUUCAUUCAAACAAUAGCUAUGUUUGAAAUUCAAGUUGUGUUUUUAUCUGGAAAUAUAUAUCAUAGCUUCUGAAAUUUAAUGGUAUCAAACUUCAUGGAAGCAUGCUAUACUGUGAUGCAUUUUUAUGACCAUCUCUUAUCACUUUCCUUUACAGAAUAAUUAUGUAGGGAGUAAGCAAUAGCUCACAGAUUAAUCCUUUUCUUAAUGCAAAUGAUAACAUUUAUUAUAAAUCUAUCAAAUAAUCAGUUGUUCAUCAGACAUUAUUCUGUCAGAUAUAAGAACUCAUAUUUUUAGGUUUCAUCUAAAUCAAUCCUUUAGUGUACUUGAGUUGUUUGCUUAACUGCAAAAUCUAAAAUCGCUUCAUUUUCAGAGUUAGUCUUUAAUAUUUAGAAAUGAGCCAAGGUUUUACCCAAAAAUUAUAUAUAUUUUGCUACAAUAUAUAUUAAAAGAUGUCAACAUGUAUGAAUUAUCUUUUUGAUUAAGACCUUCAUUCAUAUCUUUUUUUUCCAAAACUAUGUACAAAGUGGCCAUUUUAGGUCAAAUAUAUCCAUUUCAAAACAGUCAUAGUGACAUCACAAGUUACAUCUCUGCACUUAAGAUUCCAAAUUUACCACAAUAUAAUAAGUAUUUAAAAAGUGUGGGUCUCAGAAUUAUUUUUUGUUUGUUUGUAUAUUGCUAUCAAGUCGUCAGCGUGGUCUGAACUCUGUAGACAGAUGUUUUUUCGGAUAAUAGCGUAAGAAUAAGUUAUAGAAAUCGAAAAAAUAAUAACACAAGGUUUAUAACCACUAAAGGAAGGUUUGGGAUUGAUUUUGGGAGUUAUGGUCCUAACUGUUUAGGAAUUAGGGGCCAAAAAAGGGGCCCAAAUAAGCAUUUUUAUAUUUCCAGACAAAAACUUGUAUAUGAAUCUCUAAAAUUAUACCACAAGUUUCCAUACUACAAAGGAAUGGUUAGGAUUGACUUUCGGGGUUUGUGGCUCAAACCAUUUAGGAAUUAGGGGCAAAAAAUUAAAAAAAGGGUUUUUCUGGUUUAAGGACAAUUGAGACAAUUUAAAAGCAUUGUAAGGGAGAGGAUCCAAAUCAAUUCGCAACAGCAUUGUGGAUUGCACAAAAGCAAAAAUUUAAAUAUAAAUUCGAAUCAUAUAACUAAUUUGAAGUUCUUUACUAAAGUUGUGUCAGAAACCUGUUAUGUGUCAAAAAUUCAUUUACAAUCCAAAUUCAGACCUGUAUCAAGUGUGAAUAUUUUGUCCAUUUUUGCCCCAACUUUUAGGGUUGGACAUCUGCGGUCGUAUCAAGCUGUGCUCAGCCAAGCAAUUUAUCUUUAUUCUCAAAAAGGUAUAUACACAACACAUUCUAGUAUAAAAAUUACUUGAGUUAUCUCCCCUAAUAUAUUAUAAUGAGUUAUCUGCCCUUAAAAAUAUGAUAAAACACAUCAUUUUCUAUAUUAACAUAAAAAGUCUUCAGUUUCAAUAUCUAUGUAAUUGAUUCAGUGAAAUUGAGAAGGUAAUAUUGUUUUUCCUUUCAAAAUUAUGCUGUAGCUAUGGGGUUCAAGGUUUUCAUAUGACCCUUAUCCCCUUAAAAACCAGUACAUGCUAUUAAAUGCAAUAUGUUGUUGGAACUUUACUGUUGACCAAUUGACAUAAUGAAGAAUUUAUCAUGGAUUGCAUUUAGCGGUACAGAUUUUUAGUGACAGUUUCCAUGCCCCACUCAUAUCUUUGAAAUUCCUGGCUGCUGGCCACAUGAUGGAGGUAUCUUGUUAUCAAUUAAAAAUUAAAGAUAUCUUGGUAAUAUGAACUAAAUCCCAGUAGCUAAAAUAUCUUGGUUUUUUUUUCGAGCACAUAUAUAUGAGGAACUUUUUAUUGCAAUUUUUGUCUUGCAUAGACUGAAUCAAAAUGCAAGAUGAAGGUAUGCAGUUUCAAUGGGACAGUGUCAACAAUUUGAUAAAUUUUCAUACACCAUUUACAUAUUAUGGUAUCCGUCUGUCCAUCUGUCAUCAACAUGUCGGAACAAAUAACUCAUUGACAAACAUUUCAACCAAUUGGCAUAAAACUUUGGUGAAUUGUUCAUAUCUAUUGACUUGAGCUCCCUUUCAUAUUUUAUAAAUUUUAGAUUAUAUGUUUUCGAGUUAUGGGGUUUAAUUUAUUAAAAAAGGGGGGUCUAGUUUUUGGAUAAAAACUCGAGUGAUUUCAGCAGUUUUUCAUGAAACUUUGGUGAAUUGUUUAUACCUAUUGAAGUGAGUUCCCUUUCAUAUUUUAUAAGUUUUAGAUUUUAUGUUUCCGAGUUAUGGGGUUUCAUUCAUUAAAAAAAGGGGGUGUUCCAGUUUUCAGACAAUAACUUGAUUGAUUUCAGCAGUUUUCAUGAAACUUUGGUGAAUUGUUUAUAUCAAUUGGUGUAAGCUCCCUUUCCAUUUGAUCAAUUUUAGAUUUUACGUUUCAGAGUUAUGUGAUUGUAUUCAUAAAAAGGGGUAUUUUUCAGUUAUCUGUCAAUGCUUAGAGUAGUUAUCAUGAAACUUUUGUGACUGGUUUAUAACUAUUUAGAUAACCUCCCUUUAGUUUUUCAUGAAUUUCUGAUAUGACAUUGAGAAGUUAUUGAACUUUAUUUCUCAUGGCCCAGCAGUUUAUUUGCUUAUGUCAGUUCAUGGGGAACCACUUUAGGUAAAUCAAUGAUAUAUGGCACAUCUCAGUUCCAUGGCUUUAAAACUUUUGCAAAGUUUACAUGGUAAAGUUUGUGAUAAGAUCAGUUACCGUAAGAGGAGCCACUGAUGCUAAGUUUAUUAGACUAGUCUAGUAUUGGCACAUCUGACUGAAAUUUUUUACAUAGUAUACAUCUUGUAAGAUUUUUAUAUGGUAAUUUAAGCACACUGCAUCCCUGUACAAUAUCCCCAGAGGGAUCUAAAUCCCAAGUAGCAAUUAAUGUAAAGUUUAUAACAGUGGGGGAAGUGAAAUCUCACAGAGCAUAAUUCUUCAGAUGCAGAUGUUACAUGCACACUGGUGCAAACUUUUCAUUAAUUGCUGUAAGGGAUUUCCAUCACACCCUGUUACAGAUUAGGAUACCAGUUAUUUUAAGGGGAAUUAUGAUAAUUCUAUAUUUGGAACGCAGAUUCAUUCUCAUGGAGAUAAGGCAGCUCAAACUCCUCAUUCAUGGUCUAUUGACUUUUAAAAUUUUAAAUAGUUUACUUGUUAAUUAAAUUCAAGUUUUAUUAGGUCAGUUUGAAGGAAACCACUUAUUAAAUGUCUUUUUAGUAUUCAGGUGUUAAAAUAUUAUCACAUCUCAUUCCAUGGAAAUUAUUUGGCCCUGCUCCCUCAUUUGUGGUCUAUUGACUUAGAAACUUUGCAUAGUUAACAUGUUUGUAAUUUAGUCAGAAAAUGAAGAAUAAGAUAAGUCAAUGAAACUGUGUCAGCAGUUGUAUCAGCAUUGACAUAACUUUCUUCUAGGGAAAUAACCUUCAGUCAUGGUUCAUUGACUUUGCGAAAAUUUGGCAUAAAUUUUACAUGUUAAAGUAUUAAAAGUAUUUGAAUUUAUACUUUUGCAUUUUUCUAUCAAAAUAACAGAGACAAGACAUAUCUCUGUGUCAACAUCAAUUAUUUCAUCAACUUUUUAUCGCUUGAUAUACAAUAAUUGAAAAAAAAUAUUCUAAUGUCAACAAAUCGGUUAGUGCAAUUUUUCAUGAUAUAUUAAUUGUAUAUUAAAGUAGGUACAGUAAAUGAGCUACAUCACAGAACUUGGUAUAAUAUUGAAUACAACUUUUACUCAUUGAACUU